GGGGACCGAGCGAGCAGCCCGAGGCGGCGGCGGCCGCCGAGGACGGGGACGGCGACGACGCGGAGGCGGAGAGGGAGCCGCCCGGCCCGGCCCAGCCCCGUCACGCAGGCAGAGCGCCGCACAGGCCUCUGUCACUGCCGCCAUGCCGUUCCCGUUCGGGAAGUCUCACAAGUCGCCAGCAGACAUUGUGAAGAACCUGAAGGAGAGCAUGGCCGUGCUGGAGAAGCAGGACAUCUCUGACAAAAAGGCAGAGAAGGCUACAGAAGAAGUGUCCAAAAAUCUGGUUGCCAUGAAAGAAAUUCUAUAUGGCACAAAUGAAAAAGAGCCACAGACGGAAGCAGUGGCGCAGCUGGCACAGGAGCUGUAUAAUAGUGGGCUCCUUAGCACCCUGGUAGCUGAUUUACAGCUCAUUGACUUUGAGGGCAAAAAAGACGUGGCUCAAAUUUUCAACAAUAUUCUCAGAAGACAAAUUGGUACAAGAACUCCUACUGUUGAAUACAUCUGCACCCAACAGAAUAUUUUGUUCAUGUUAUUGAAAGGAUAUGAAUCUCCAGAAAUAGCUCUGAAUUGUGGAAUAAUGUUAAGAGAAUGCAUCAGACAUGAACCACUCGCAAAAAUCAUUUUGUGGUCAGAGCAGUUUUAUGAUUUCUUCAGAUAUGUCGAAAUGUCAACAUUUGACAUAGCUUCAGAUGCAUUUGCCACAUUCAAGGAUUUACUUACAAGACACAAGUUGCUCAGUGCAGAAUUUUUGGAACAGCAUUAUGAUAGAUUUUUCAGUGAAUAUGAGAAAUUACUCCAUUCAGAAAAUUAUGUGACAAAGAGACAGUCACUCAAGCUUCUCGGUGAACUACUGUUAGACAGACACAACUUCACAAUUAUGACGAAAUACAUCAGUAAACCUGAGAACCUCAAGUUAAUGAUGAACCUUCUGCGAGACAAAAGUCGCAACAUCCAGUUUGAGGCCUUUCACGUUUUUAAGGUGUUUGUCGCCAACCCCAACAAGACACAGCCCAUCCUGGACAUUCUGCUCAAGAACCAGACCAAGCUCAUCGAGUUCCUCAGCAAGUUCCAGAACGACAGGACCGAGGACGAGCAGUUCAACGACGAGAAGACCUACCUCGUCAAACAGAUCAGGGAUCUGAAGAGACCAGCCCAGCAAGAAGCCUAACUUCCAAUAAACCCUUCAAAUAGUAAAUGCAAGUUCAGCAUCUGCUGUAGCUAUUCAGCGUCAGGCACUCUUCCCGACUCAUGAGGAACAUUACUGCUAAUCUGCUGUUACGUGAACGGUUUUCAUUUGACCUUUCUGUUCUUAGUCCAGGUUGGAGAGCGUAGCUGCUGCUGCUUGCACUAGCGCACACGUGGGCUUUUCCUUGAUCUUUGUGUCAUUUCAGAGUUCAAAGACUCCGCCGCUGUGGGAGUGCUGGACACAGCUGGCUUCCUGAAGGCGAGCACAUAGCCGAGUGUGGCUAGGGAGGCGGGCGCGACCCCGUCCGCGUAGACCUGUGUGUAGGCAUCGCCCUGUUGAAGACAGCGUGCGGCAUGGCGUGCGCACCUGACCCUCGCGGCAGCUCCUGGGCCUUCGCUGAAGGCAGUCAGGGGGGCCCUGUCCCAGGCGGGAGGCUCUGGGGAGGAUGAAGGUGGUGUGCGAAUAAAUUGAUACACUUAGCAACUUCUCACAGUGUGAAGCUUCCUGGGGUCACGAGGGAAGUGUACAUACGCUUUUCACGGCUUUCUAGGGUUUCUGACAUUGGUUUUCUUGAGACUUGUAAACCUGGAUAUGUUGAGGGUAUUUGUUGAUUUUACUUUUUGCAGGUAUUUUAAAACAGUAGAGCUAGCAACAACACCUUGCAUUUCAUUUCAACACUGCUCACAGGUUUCUUUUGUAUAUAAUUCUUAGAAUGCUCCUUUCUUUUAAAUGGUUUAAUUUGUACAGCAGAGGAAUGUUAUUGUAGUAGUAUGUAACUAUUACCUAAUACUGAGUUUUUGCAAAAACAAUGAAUGCUCAUAUGUAAUUGAAAUACUUCAGAUCACAUGAAAAUGCUGAUUUAACAUUUAAAUAUCACAGCAUUAAAAGAAACAAAAAGUAAACCAAUCCUUUGUAUUUAGUUCCCUAAUGGGGUGCCAUCAACAGGCUGAACUCUGACCUGGAACUGGGUCAGCUACUUUCCUGCACAAUAUCGACCUCAUUCGGAAAACGGAGUCAUGAGUUUGCCAGGUCUCUGGGUGAGGCUGGGGCUCCGUGCGGGGAAGACUCCGUGGAGCGAGCGCCUCUUCUUGCUUAGAGCAGCUGACCCCGCCCCGUGGUUGUGAAGCUGAGUGGUGACCACCUCGGCUUCUCCAGGACAAGAGUUCCGGGCAGAGGUGUCCUGUGGGAAAUGUAUUUUUUUUAAUGUCCUGUUCCUUAAUGCUGCAAAUUACCAGUAUUUAUAAAGUAACUGAUUUUGCACCACUUUUUUGUUACUGUGACCAUGGCAGAACAAUGUCUCCUAGACUCUUAUCUAUAUCAAGUUAUUAGAAUGGGAUCUGUUCAUCUUAGAGAUACGAAGAUCACAACUAACAACUUACCAAUCAGAGUUUGCCCGUUCAAAUUCAGCAUGGCUGUAGCUGAUCAAGAAAUUCAUGUAAUUAUUCUUCGCUAGCCUCUCGUACUAACUGAAUGAUUUAUCAGCCAGUAAACAUGUGCCAGCAGGUUUUAGGUCUCCUCCAAGGAACACCAGGUAGGAAAGUAGUUCCUGAAGUACCUAUCGAAUUCAGAUUCAUGAACAUAGCAGUCUGCAUUAUAACCAGUUUUCCCGAGCCCAUCUUUGUAACACCCUGUGGGAAGUGAGUCGUGUUUUUCUGCCAGACGUGGGGAAAGUGAUCGGACCUACAAAAGACUCUGGGAUGCUUAGGCAGACAGACGUGGCCGGGCCGUGGCACUGCGGCUCCUGCAGGCUAAUGCCGUGCACCUGGAUUGAGAGUGAAGCCAUCCUACGGUGACAGGUGCCAAGUGGAAGAAGCGUUCCUUGCCAAGCCAGAAAGCUCUCAGAACUUCGGACAACGCGGCAGCUCCCACUUGAGCGCUGGGGCCUGCUCUGUGAGGAAGGGGCGGCCUCGGUGGCCCUGCCGGGGCGGGGGGGCAGGGGGGCUGAGGGUCCUUCACACUCUGUUGGUUUCUAAACAAGGCAAUGUGAAAACAUUCAAAGUGGAACAGUUGCAUUUGAAGUUAUGAUCAUUUAAUAUAUUCAUAUUACCAAAACUAUUAUAUCAAAAGUGGUUUCUUUUUGUGUUAUAAAGGUUUAAUUACAUUUGGCAGUUACUUAAUGUGAUUUUAACCCUUUAAGAAAAAAAGUGGAGAUGUAUACAGUUGUUAGCAAUGCCAUGAGAGCAUUUCCUUUCUCCUGAGGAAAAGUGAAUUUCUUAGAAUAUCUGGCUGGCCCUGUAAUUUAAAUUAAAAUAAAAAUUUUGGAGAAACAGCA